AUGAAAACCAUUAAGAAACUUAACUUAGUACUUGUUAUCGCGGUUGUAAUAUUUAUCACUUUCGCUUCUACUUCGUCUCCUAAUUUGAAAAGACGCGAAUCUAUAAACGAGGAUCAAUCAUCUUUGGUCAAAAGACAGUACAAGUGUAAAGCAGGAUAUUAUCCGUGUAGAUACGGUGGUUGUUGUUACGGCACUUCGUUUUGUUAUGCUUAUAAUAAACAAUACUAUUGCGGUCUUCCUCCUCGUUGUCCUGUAGAUUGCGGUGACGGUACUUGCUGUCUUUCCGGUUUUUAUUGCAGCUCGGACGGAUAUUGUACGAGAC